UUCAAGGGUCUGGGUCGGGGACCCACCACAUUAAUAAGUAGCGCGUCUCAGUCCCGCCAAAAGCGCGUCUCGCCCGCCACGAACGCCGACUCAUACAACGACUCGUAAAACGACUCGACACGACUCCUAUCUACCUACAUCCAGAGUCCAAGAACCUCGAAUAUCCGCUCAAGGCACCACACCCUGCGCGUCCCUUUCACAACCGGCCAUGUCCGUCAUAAUGCAAGCCCCCAUCUUCUCAUUCGGCGGCAGCAGCAGCAGCAGCAGCAGCGAUGCCCGCCGCCGCCCAUCCCAUCGCCCAGCCGUGUCCUCGCCGCUCUCCUCGUCUCCCAUCCGCGCUCCCUCCUACUCCCCGCCGCCGUCGGCGGGCCCGCUCUCGCCGCGCGAACCCAACGGCCUGCCCAGGAGCCAGCAGCAGCAGCAGCAGCAGCACUCGGACACGCAGUCGUCCCCGAUCCCGGCGCCGCCGUCCAAGUUCCGGUUCGCGACCCGGACGCCGCGGCCGAACCCCGUGGUGCGGAGGCGCGAGGACGCGCAGGAGAGCAGGCGCCGGCUGUUCAUGCGGGACGUGCGGCAGAGGGCGGACGACAAGAAGUGGGAGCGGAGGGGGGGUGAGCAGGAGUUGCUCAAGCUGGAGUGGUGGCGUCUCAACAGGGAGAUGCAGGAGGCCAAGGAGGAGGAACUGGCGCGGUUCGGCACCGACGAGGACAUCGAGGAGGCGGCGCGACUUCAGGAGGAGAUGGCCGAUGCCGUCUUCUCCUCUGGCGGUGACGGAGACGACGACAUGAUGAUCGAUGACAUCGCUCGGGCGGAAGAGGCGGAGCUUGAGGCCCUGCUCUCGUCCAUGCCCCACACGCCGCCGUCAAGCAAUCAAAUGGUGGACCCAAGGACGGAUUCGCCGUCUUUCUCAGACGACGACGAUUACGACUCCCUGUUCAUGGAUUUUGCUGCACAAGAAGACCCGCUGCAAAAUCCACACUAUAAAAGAGGCCGGGAGAUGGCUUGCUCACAAGAUAUGGAUAUGUCUUGAGAUUUGCUGAAGCUUAGGAUUGUGUAUCAAGCAUUGCAUUGGCCUCAAAUCUGGCUGGAGUUCAGGUAUCAUGGGACACGGCGUUGGGGGAUUCAGGGGUGCUUUGACGCAAUGGAAAUUCCAUGUAUAAUCUUUAGAAUUCGCGAGGUAUCUGAGAUUCAGAGCUGGA